AGCAGGAGAGAGGGAGAAAGCUGAGUGGGGAGAAGACGCUCUCAGAUCAGUCAGUGGCUUCAUGGAGUUAUGUACCUCUGAUCCGCCGCCAUGGAUUGCAAUGCGCGAUCACUCCUUUUCAUUUUACCUCUUUUAUUGUCCCGCGUUGUUCCCGUGUUCCCCAUCAUCUACCCCCCGAACGAAGUCAACUUGUUAGACUCCAAAGCAAGCCAAGGGGAGCUGGGAUGGAUUUCCUACCCAUCGCAUGGGUGGGAGGAGAUCAGCGGGGUGGAUGAACACUACACUCCCAUCCGGACCUUCCAGGUCUGCAACGUGAUGGAGUACAGCCAGAACAACUGGCUCCGCACCAACUGGAUCCCGCGCCAGUCGGCCCAGAAGGUCUACGUGGAGCUGAAGUUCACGCUGAGGGACUGCAACUCCAUCCCGUUGGUCCUGGGCACCUGCAAGGAGACCUUCAACCUCCACUACCUGGAGACGGACGACGACCAGGGCAGCCACUUCCGAGAGCACCAGUUCUCCAAGAUCGACACCAUCGCCGCGGACGAGAGCUUCACCCAAAUGGACCUCGGCGACCGCAUCCUCAAGCUCAACACCGAGGUGCGCGAGGUGGGUCCGAUGACCAAGAAGGGCUUCUACCUGGCGUUCCAGGACGUGGGCGCCUGCGUAGCUUUGGUGUCAGUGAGGGUCUACUUUAAGAAGUGCCCAAACACCGUGAGGAACCUGGCCUCCUUCCCUGACACUGUACCCAUAGACUCCCAGUCGCUAGUGGAGGUCAAAGGCUCGUGUGUCAAUCACUCCAAAGAGGAGGAACCUCCACGAAUGUACUGCAGCACAGAGGGGGAGUGGCUUGUGCCUAUUGGAAAGUGUCUGUGUAACCCCGGCUACGAGGAGAGGAGCAACACCUGCCAAAUGUGCAGGGCGGGCUUCUACAAAGCGGCGCUGGGCAACGCCGAGUGCUCCAAGUGUCCGCCCCACAGCUUCUCCCACCACGAGGGCUCGCUGCACUGCGGCUGCGAGAAGAACUUCUUCCGCGCCGACGGGGACCCCGCCUCCAUGGCCUGUACACACCCUCCUUCAGCUCCUCGGAACGUCAUCUCCUCCAUCAACGAGACCUCCGUCAUCCUGGACUGGAGCUGGCCGGAGGACGCGGGCGGGCGGCGCGACGUGACCUUCACGGUGGUCUGCAAGCGUUGCCGCGGCAACGGGGCGCCCCCGCGCUGCGAGCCGUGCCGCAGCGGCGUGCGCUUCCUGCCGCGCGCCGCCGGCCUGGUCAACACCACGGUGACGGUGGGCGAGCUGCUGGCGCACACCAACUACACCUUCGAGAUCGAGGCGCAGAACGGCGUGUCGCCGCUGGCGCCCAGGAUGAGGCAGUACGCCGCCGUCACCAUCACCACCAACCAGGCGGCUCCCUCGCCAGUGACGGUGAUCAAGAAGGAGAAGACGUCCCGCAACAGCGUCUCGCUGUCCUGGGUGGAGCCGGAGAGACCCAACGGCAUCAUCCUGGAUUAUGAGAUCAAGUACUACGAGAAGGAGGAGCAGGAGACCAGCUACACCAUCCUCCGUGCGCGCGGUUGUAACGUGACUCUGAAUGGCCUGAAGCCCAACACUGCCUACCUUCUGCAGAUCCGAGCUCGCACCGCUGCCGGAUACGGCGCCAGCAGCCCCAGCUUCCAGUUCGAGACCAGCCCCGACUCAGCCUUUUCCAUCUCCAGCGAGAGCAGCCAGGUUGUUCUCAUCGCCAUCUCCUCCGCCGUGGCCAUCAUCCUGCUCACCGUGCUGCUCUACGUCCUGAUUGGCAGGUUUUGUUGCCACAGCAAAUCCAAACAUCCUGACGAGAAAAGACUCCACUUUGGCAACGGCCACUUGCGUCUCCCGGGCGUCCGGACCUAUGUGGACCCCCACACGUAUGAGGACCCGAGCCAGGCUGUGCACGAGUUCGCCAAGGAGCUGGAUGCUUCCUGCAUCGCCAUCGACAAAGUGGUGGGAGCAGGUGAGUUCGGCGAGGUGUGCAGCGGCCGCCUGAAGCUGCCCAGCAAGAAGGAGAUCUGCGUGGCCAUCAAGACGCUGAAGGGCGGAUACACGGACAAGCAGAGGCGGGACUUCCUGGCCGAAGCCUCCAUCAUGGGACAGUUCGACCACCCCAACAUCAUCAGGCUGGAAGGGGUGGUGACACGCAGCAAACCCGUCAUGAUUGUGACAGAAUACAUGGAGAACGGAUCCCUGGACAGCUUCCUGAGAAAGCACGAUGCCCAGUUCACGGGCAUCCAGUUGGUCGGCAUGCUGCGCGGCAUCGCCUCGGGCAUGAAGUACCUGUCAGACAUGGGCUACGUUCACCGGGACCUGGCGGCGCGCAACAUCCUGGUCAACAGCAACCUGGUGUGCAAAGUGUCAGACUUCGGCCUGUCGCGGGUCCUGGAGGACGACCCGGAGGCUGCGUACACCACCAGGGGAGGUAAGAUUCCAAUCCGGUGGACGGCUCCGGAGGCUAUCGCCUAUCGGAAGUUCACCUCAGCCAGCGACGCCUGGAGUUACGGCAUCGUGCUCUGGGAAGUGAUGUCAUAUGGGGAAAGGCCGUACUGGGAGAUGUCCAAUCAGGAUGUGAUAAAAGCUGUAGACGAGGGCUACCGCCUGCCUCCGCCCAUGGACUGCCCAGCGACCCUGUACCAGCUGAUGCUGGACUGCUGGCAGAAGGAGAGGAACAACCGGCCGAAGUUUGAACAGAUUGUCAGCAUCUUGGAUAAACUCAUCCGCAACCCUGGCAGCCUCAAAAUCACAGCCAACACCACGUCCAGACCGGCCAACUUGCUGUUGGACAGGAGCAGCUCAGAGGCUCCCUCGGUGGGGACCAUGGGUGACUGGAUGGAUGGAAUGAGGACGCUGCCCUGCAAGGAGGCCUUCUCCGGCGUCAGCUACAGCUCCUGCGACACCCUGGCCAAGACCUCCACAGAUAGAGUGGUUCUGACGGAGGUCCACGUCACACCGGCGACGUGCCCAGAGUGGGAGCCGUCCAUGGGGAUCACCACUCUCUAACGUCCAGCUCCCCUCCGCUUCCUUAGGCUCUGGAUGGGAUCUGAAAAAGAUUGGAGUGACUAUAGUAGGACCGCAGAAGAAGAUUGUGAGCAGCCUCAAAGCCCUAGAUUCCCACACCAAGAACGGCCCAGUACCUGUUUAAAAGACGAUCCCGCCUCUCCGUCUGUGUUUGCAGACUGUGAUUGCUAAUUGCACUGUAACACGGUGGCUGCGUAUCCAAACUACGAAAACACAGAAUGGAAGAAAUACCCGAUACCCCAUUCAAGCGAGGGCUUUCGUUGUUUCGGUGAAAGACGACGCGAGUCCCGAGCAGAGAAGCGGAAAAAGCCAGCGAGUUCACUGGCUGAUCCCUCCACUCGCCAUCCCUCCACACCCCAGUUGAAAUGCCUUACAGACUAAUAGGAGGGGGGGGGGUGAGGCCAGAGGAGAGCCAGUGAGGCCAGCGGCGCCCCGUUCAGCGGACUGGACUGAUCCGACGCGAAGCCCGAGCUCUCUGUGAUUGGCUGUGGGGAACGGGUGACACCUGAGCGGACCCCCUGCUGGAGCCGCGAGGUCCGAGCUGGGAGAUUUCGUCGGAACUACCUAAGUUUUCAGCCUCUAUCCGUGAGAGAACUGGAGCUGGAUGCACCUGAUAACAGAGCCAUCUUACUCCGUAGCUCUAACAUAUAGCAUUUUGCAUUCAGUAGACAUGUCACAUUAAAGCAAUAAUUAUGAUAAUCAGUUAAAUAAUCUCACUGUAUGGAAGCCAUGAGUCUGUCACAUGUAUCAUGUAUUGAACGCUAUUGUUCUCUGAAGGUGCAGGGGCCGUAACAGACACACACACGGGAGUUUCCUCAUUUUUUUGGCAUCAUGAACAGACAUUGUACAGAUCUAGUGCUGUCUCCUCAACCCAAUGCCCUCCGUUUGAAAUCUCAGGAUGUACGCAUUACUUGUUCUUUUGUUCUCUGACACAAGAAACACAGAGAAGGUGGAGCAAAUCCAGGAAGUGAGAGUGCCACUAGACGAUGGGGGGGCGAAGACUUGGCUUCAGGUGAUGCCGUGACGUUUUCUAGUCAGACAAGUUCGGGCGAUCAGCGCGAUAACGCUGGGUAUAAUGUUACCAUCAACAAAGCUGCUGAGAUUUGAACCCGAAAGCAGAGUAGAAAAACGAUCCUGGAUCGAUCGCGUUGUUGUCGUCGUUGUCGUCAUUGUCAUCGGGGCGUUGGGUUUAGCCGUCACUGCCCUCAACCAACCAAGGCGUGGAAGCACGUUGACAGAGAUGCCACACGUCCAACACACUCGUUCUUCUGGAGAUCGUGUACUAGCACACCAUACUGUACUGUACGUCCGGGUGGGGUUUCCUGAAGGCACCUGGGAUGACGUUCGUACCAUCAUAACCUCCUGCUUUGAUGUCACCCACAUGAGUCUUUCUACGGGGGGGCACUUUGGUACCUCGGGGCAUCUUUAACCCCAUAUGACGGCAUCUUUGAGCUCGUUCCAAGCACUUAGUUGAGCACUUUGAAUGGACAUGCUGUUGCCUUGGCUGUAGCUUAUCUAGCCGAUAAGACGCGAGCGCGGUGCUUUUGGGAAGCCCGGCCCCGUCCCGUGACUCGGUCGACCUGUGGAUGCCGCUGUUGCUGCUACGUGUCCUAAUUAGCAUGUACAUAAUGUAAACCAUCCUAAUGAGAGCAACUAGCGCUGCAGAUCUCACUAUAUGUGUGUGGCCAUCCCUCUUUGUAAAAAUGUUUGUAUGUGUAAAUGAAGAAAUAAAAAUUGUGCAACAUUUUUAAUUAAAAAAAGAGACAAAAAUCAUCUGUAUUAUAUUUUAUCUUAUUUUUUAAUUAUAAUUGUCUGCCUUGUUUGUUUUUCUACAAUAAAAAGGCAAUUAUGGUUACGUUAUUAUUUAUUUAACAUUAUACAGCGUAAUGUUGAUGUGUUUUUUGUAACAUACAGUAAAUUAUGUCAGUGCUUUCUGUGUUUUGGUUUUUGACUUACUUUCAACCUGGGACAUUUGACAGAGCAAUAUUGUUACAGUAUGCACCGAGAAUCCAGAUCCCUCAUUUUGUUGUCUCAAGACUGACCUGUGUAUCUGUGUGAGAGUUCUACGUGUGAAAAUGUAGAUGGCCUUGUCUACUAAUGUAAAAUGAUUUGUAGUGGAAACAUUUAUAUUUUUAUAAUAAAUCUUCGCAAAAUAUUUUCCAAAAAAUGGAUGAUGAUGAUAGAA